AUGCCCCAGUUAGUACCCGUUUACAAUCAGGAAAAGUCGCUAAAGGAGCAGGAUGAAAAGGAGCUAAUAAAACAUCGAAAUUGGGACUUCGCCCACUCCUUAGUGAAAUUGAAAAAGGACUCUGAUGACGACGACGAUGCACAUGAUAGCAGGGUACACCGGAGAAAAAGCAACAACCUCAUGAAAAACGAAAAAGGACUAUGGGUACCAAAAAAGGAUAUAGCAGGUGCAGAUAAAAACAAGAAUGAUAAAAAAGGAAAAUCUGAAAAUAAAAAAAAGGAGCGUGUUAGAAAGAAGCGCAACAAAUCAAGUAGUCAAUCUUCCUCCGAUGAUUCGAGGUUAUCCAAAUCGCCAACCCCUUCGCGUGAAUCUUCUAAAAAGAAAACACUCAGGAAACGAUCCGACAGUUCAGCGUCCAUCAGAAAAGGCUCCUGUAGGGAUUCUUCAAGUGCCCCGUCACAGGAAGGCUCCGAUACGAGGCGAACUACAGAUUCAAAGCCUAGCACAAGCAUGAACAGGACAAGUUCCAACGAAAGUGGCACCAAGAGAUCCAACAGCAAGAAAGGUCAGAGGAAAAAAAAAAAAAUUCAUAAAAAAAGUAAAAGGGGGCACAGAGGUGAUGACGAUGAUGAUGACAGCUAUGAUGAUAGCUGUGAUGAUGGACGAGACCUGGAAUACAAAAAAGAGGUAAAAGAGGCAAAAAAGCAUCGCACAAAGGAAAAAAAAAAAAAAAAAUCGAAAGGAGAUGAAAAUGGUAGUGAAGAAGACCGUACACAUGAUGCUGAGACGGGUGAGGAAAAUACAAAUUCACCAAAGAAAGAAAACAGCUGUGAACACAGUGAUGUUGACGAAAACGACAAGGAAUCGAUUUCCUCCGAUAGCGAUCUUAGCAAACUUCAAUACAUUGACGUCUCUGAGAAGAUAAAACGAAGUAGCAAAAAAUAUGAUACAGGAGGAGAAGAGGACAGCCAAAGUGAUGAUGAAAAUCGGGAAGGUAAAAGGCAUAAGCGAAUGCACAGACGAGAGCACAAACAUGAUCAUACACAUAAGCACCAUCGUGAGCAUAGCUACGAUAACAGGAAAGGGCGAGGCUGGGAAGGAGAAAAAGGUAGCAGGUACGAAUCUCACAGAUAUCACCACAGAAAAGAUGACGCGGAUGCAAGAGACGGGUCCCUACACGAUCGAAGGGAUUACAGGCGUAGAGACAGGGACUGGGAUCGAGAUGGAGAAAGGAAAAGGAAAGAAUUUGAUUUUUCUGAUCAAGAGAAUGAAUACAAUUAUAACCAUAACAGGAAAUAUCACAAAAGACAUUAUGAUUAUCACAAUGAUGAAAAUUACCAAGGUUAUCAUCACGGACAUAGGAGACACUUCAAUGAAUGGGAUCGACAUGGGUGGUCAGACAACAGAACAGGACGUUACAGAAGAACACAACUAAGAGACAACUGCCAUUAUGAAACAGUUGAGGAAAUGCAAAAUAAAGCUAUCCCCCAUGUUGACCAAAGUGAAGAUCAUGUGGAAGAUACAAAUGAUCAACGCGGUGAUGUAGAAACUGAAAAGAGGACGAAAUUGGAAGGCGCGGAAAUGUCCAACAGCGAUGAGGACGAAAUGUUGGAGACCAAGAGAGUGGAAGAAAUUGAUAGGAAGCUUAAGGAAAAACUUGAGGAGGAAAAAAUUAUGGAAUCGCUGGGGUUGCCACUAGGGUUUGUUUAA